UGCUAUUUCUUUUUGGUCUCUUCUCACAGAGCUUCCCCUGUACAGCUACUUCUCUGUAUCCGUCUCUCCCUCCCUCCAUCUAUAUAUAUGUGUGUGUAUAUAUGUAUAUCCACCCACACAAACCAAUGCAUUGGUCUCUGUGAUCUCUGGCUGUCAACCUGAGGUUUCAAGUUCGACUGGAGUUUUUGCACUAGUGCUUUGAGUUUUACCUGGAACUGUUAGUUGUUGCAUUUUGUGAGCGGUUAGCUUAGAGAUAGAUGCCAACUGCAAGGCUGAUCACUGUUGGAUCUUCAGAUGCAAUGGAAUCAGUUGAGGGGAAUGAUUCCCUUUACACAUUGAUUAGUCAAGCUACAGGGAAAGAGCCUAUCAUCUUAGGGGACAAACCUAUACAGUGGAUACAGUUACUUCAUGCCUUAGAGCAGCCAGAUCUUCCAUAUUGGCCUAUGGUUACUCCUGUGAAGGUUCAGAUGCAUAAAUGUGAGAAAUGUUCUCAAGAAUUUUUUUCAUCAAUUAACUACCGAAGGCAUAUACGCCUGCACCGUCGAGCCUUAAAUUUUGACAAGGAGUCUCGCAAAUAUAGAGAUUUUCUUGGAGCAUUUUGGAAUAAGCUUUCAUUGGAGGAGGUUAAAGAAGUUGCAUCAUUGGAUGACAUUUCACUAAAGGAAAUUCCUGGGACCUUACUUGUCAAGACACUGACAGAGUCUCUCCAAACAUCAAGUGCCUGGAUGUGGAGUCUUCCAACUGUUUAUAUGAAAGCUGGCGCUACCUUAAUGGAUAUUAUUGAAGCCAAACCUUCUAGGCUUCCAAUAUCAUCCCAGGAAUUAUUUAGUGUCCUUGAUGACGCUAGUGAGGGAACAUUUCUAUGUGCUGGAACAGCAGACUCGAUGCAAAAAUAUUUAUUCGAUGAUGAAGUUAUAAAAGUUUGCCUCGAGCUGAGGAAUUUAGCUGCAUGCAUAUGCUUCGCUUUUGAACAGAAACUGGUAAAAGCAUGGAUUGCUGACAAAGAAGCUGAGGCAUUGAGAUGCCAGAAAUUGCUUGUGGAAGAGGAAGAAGCUGCUCAGAGAAGGCAAACUGAGUUAUUGGAAAAGAAAAGACAGAAAAAGCUGAGGCAGAAGGAACUGAAGGCAAAGGAUCAAAUGAGUGAGGAAAAAGCAAGCCUUGGUGGGACUGCUGAUUCUUCAGAAAAUCCACUGGUGGCAGAAAUAUCCAGUCCUCCCACCCUGUUUGAUUCCGACUCCAAUACUCUUGAUGUAGCAGAGGAUGUCUCCGGCCUACAAAAUGGCUGUGAAGUGAUGAUUGGGUCCAUAUCUGUGUCUGUGAAAAAUUGCCCUAUUCACACACUCCGCACGAACUUGGCAAAAGCACAUGAUCAAAGUGGAUGUGAUCUCAGCCUUGGCAGCAAAACCAGUGUGCCAUCUGAUGAUUGGGUUCAUGUGACCAGGCGUGGGAAGGGGCCAAAGGUCAGGCAAGAUAAUGAAGAGUGUGCUUCAGUGGAAGUUGGUGAUCAAAAUCUAUCCUGUGCAAUGUCUGUGCAACCAUAUGCUGUGGAAAAUCCUGAUAGCAAAACUCAUUCUCAUCAGCUGCCAUUCUCCAGUGGCACUGUAAAAACUUUUCUUACAAAGAGAUGGAAUGAGGUCGUCUCAGCUGAUCAUGUGAAGUUGGUCAUUUCCGCUGUUCCUAAAUCUCAAGGAAGUCCGAGCACCCAGAGCAACGUUCAAAAAUCUGCUCCUCCACCUUCAGCACCCAAGAAGCACAGCAUUGUUGGAGAGAAUCAGAAAAGAAGAUGAAAGUGAGCAAAACCUCGUUUUUUUAGGUGAAGGAGAAGAAUGCUGCUGACGGACUACAGCUGAUUUGAAGUCUUUAACCCAUUCCAGCAGCGAGAGAAGAGGUUUUGUGCUGUGUAGUCUUCUAUUGGGGAAGUGAAGGUGUUAGGACAGAUAGCUUAUUCUUCUUAGGAAUAGCAUAGACUUGGCCUCUUUUAUAUGUUUUCUUUUCUUAGUUGAAAUCUCAUCUUGGCUAGUUGGCUUUGGACAUCAAAUCUUUCAUGGAAUAGAUUGUUGUUUUAGUUUUCUUAUUUAUUUAUUUUGUGGUCAUAUUAGACAAUUGUGGAUUUGUGAUGUCCCAUGGUUAGCCAGAGAAUGAAAUGAAUUGAUUUUUUCUGAAAA